AUGAUUCAACAUCUCGAUCAAGACUUGUUCAGUUAUUUGGUUUCCUUUCUUCCGAGAAGUGAUCGUGCCAUUCUGGUGGAGAAUUUAAAACACCUGAAUCGAUACUUUUUCAAAUUAUUCGAUCCAUCUUCAUCAAACAAGAACUCUGAAUUAAAUUCUUCAACUGUUUUGAGAGAAGAAGAAUUUGAUGAUUGUUUGCAUUCGGAGAGUUUGAUGAAAAUAUUUGAUAAUUUGUACAUUCCAACAAUUCAUGUGAAAGCGAAUGUUGUUCAAGGUGGAGGAGAGUUAAUGGAGGAAAUGAUUGGGAUUUUGAAAAGAUCGGAAGGAGUGGAAUGUUUAUUAGGCUCCGAUAAGGAAUUUCUUGUGGAAUUGGAAUUUCCUGAUGAGAAGAUGAUGCAUGGGAAUGGAAGAUAUUCAAAUAUUUGGGAAUUAUUGGAAAGAUCAUGUAAAUAUUGGGUUGAUGCAAGAGUUUCCUUGAUUAAAUUAUUUACAGAGUGGAAAUAUUCGAAAAAGAGUUUAAAUUCAGAAACUCUGAGCGAAUAUUCGAAUAGAAAUGGUUUGAUAUUGAAUGUUUGUCGAUUAGUGAACAAGUUUCGAAUUCAUUUAAUACUGGAUAAUGAUACAUAUUCUAACCAUGAUAUAUGGAAAUAUUCAGAAACGGUCGGCUUUCAAAAAGGAUAUUUUCGCGUUUCAGAUAACUCAAUUCCAGAUAUGGCCAUCUCAAUUCUUGCAAACAUGAUGAGCCAGUUAAUUUUACCCAAGAUGGACACUUUUUGUAACUUGCCACUCGAGGGAUUAUAUUCUGAAAUGGAAAUGAAAUAUAUUCGAGCUACCAUGAGACUCAAUCAAUGGAAUUUGCUCUACAAAUUUCUAAAUAUUCAGCAGAAUAUCAUUUGUAGACAUAUGAGCAAGGUGUUCCACUCAAACAGCUUGACCAUUGUCAAACAAACUACUAAGAGUGAAUUGUAUCAUAAGAAUGCUGAGGAUAUCAUUUAUAUUUUCUCACUCAUUCCAAUGGAUUUAUUGCAAACUGUUCAUAGAAUUCGACUCGUCAAGAUCUUUCUAGAAAAUUUCUACUCGAGUGAGUUGAAUAUUUCAGAUGAAUAUAGAGAAAAGUACAUUCAGAAAUUCCCUGAUGAUGCCAUGCAUUCAAAUGGUAUUCAUAUAUUCGAUUCCAGUUCAUCCUCUCCACUAGUUUCCAAUCAGAAAAUUCAAUUCACAUUCGAAACUGUUCAAUUCUUUAAAAAGUGUUUUGCUACCAUUCGACAAAAUUGUUUCUACAUGCCCAAAUAUCCAAGCCUCUCCCUAAAAGCAAUUUGUCACGAAAUUAGUGAUGAUUUAAUUUACACUGAAGAUACCACAAUUGGAAAAAUUGACAGAAUUUGUGUGGAAAAUUGUAUUAGAGGAGUGACAGCUCCAAUAUUCUUCAUUCCAUGUGUUACUUAUUGGAGUAUGGUAGGAUUGACUUGUUCAUGUAUUAAUCCCUAUCUCUAUAAGGAUGGAAAGAGUACAAUCAUGUCAUGUUUGGAUUAUGACAUUUUUAAUUAUGUAUUUUGGUCAACUGGUUGUUACCCUUAUUCAAUCUGUACUUGUUGUCUUCCUUUGGAAUAUGCAGAAGUGGAACAGAGAAGAAUUGACGAUAACAAGUUCAGACAUCAUACUACUUGCAAUAUUUUGUAA